AUGUCGCGGUUCUCCGCCUUCAAGAAUGCCCAUCUCAGGCAUCUGCUGACGGCCGUGGGCGCGAAGACGGGCGGCACGAAGCCGCAGCUGCUCGCACAGCUGGAACGUGAGCUGAACGUCUCGCGACGGGCGCUGUGCCCAGACGUGCCGACGCGUAUCCUAAGCGUCGACAUGGGCAUCAAGAAUCUCGCGUUCUGCGUUUGCGACGCGCGCAUGCACGCGCAAGGGGUCCACCUCGACGUCAAGGACUGGAAGCGAAUUGCGAUCUUGGAGGACAGUCGCCUCGCCAGGGAUGAAGAGUCUGAUGACGAGGUUGAUCCCUUUGGUCCGUCUGCACUGUCGAACACGGCCUACAAGCUUGUUCGUGACGUCUUCGUGCCCCAAAAGCCUGAUGCAGUCCUGAUAGAGCGGCAGCGGUUUCGGACGGGCAACAGCUCUGCUGUACAGGAGUGGACGCUGCGAGUCAACAUGUUCGAGAGCAUGAUCUGGGCGGUCUUCCGCGCGAUAGCGUCGCCAACUGGCCAGCCCAGGCCGUCUCUGUGGCCCGUCAAUCCGAAGCAGGUUGCCAACUUCUGGAUCUGUGGAAGUGCGUCCGACGGCAGGACGACAGCCGGAAAGGCAAAGAUAGAGAAGAAGCAAAAGGUUGAUCUUGUCAAGAAGUGGCUCUCGGGCGAUUCCGGCAACCGUCUGUCCCUUUUCUUCUCGGACAGUGCGGCUACGACGAAGAAGUCUUUCUUGGCAGCUCGCGGGACGAAAGCUGCGACUCGAAAUCAACUUGCUAAAGCAGACGCCGGUCCCGAGUUGGCCGGGAAGCUCGAUGACCUGGCCGACUGCUUGCUCCAGGCCGCGGCAUGGUGCAAGUGGGAGGAGAACAGAAGUGUGCUGGCAUCGCUGGCCCACAGCAAGGACGGCCUUUCAGGUGAUGAGGUUAUUGGCAAGUUAUUGGAACGAUAG